AUGGCUCAAGCUGGUGCUACAGGAGAGCAGAGGGGAGAGGAGCACCCACUUCUGUCCUCCAUCUUCCUCCCUCCCUUCCUUCCUUCCUCUGAACUGACUUCCUCCUGCUCCUGGCUCCUCCCCAUUGAACAACAAACUGCAUUGAAUUCUGUGUCUUGGCAAGUCCUUCCUGUUGCAGAGGUCUGCCUAGAGAGCGUGCAAAGCAGCAGUGUUCACAUAGGCGAUGAAGAGCUGGCCUUCAGGGACACCCAGCCUCCCUACACAAACCCACCUGCUCCCUUUACCGGGUUGAUCGAAGGGGGUCUCCAGGAUGGGCACAAGAUCACCAUCAUGGGGAGUGUUCUUUCCACAGGCGAAAACAGCUUUGCAGUGAACUUUCAGAUGGGCUACAAUGACAGUGAAAUUGCCUUCCACUUCAACCCGCGGUUUGAAGGAAGCAGGUAUGUGGUCUGCAACAUGAAGCAGCUAGGAAACUAGGGGCCAGAGGAGAAGAAGAUGCAGAUGCCCUUCCAGAAGGGGAGUCCAUUUGAGAUCUGCUUCGAGGUAGAGAGGUCUGCGUUCAAGGUGAUGGUGAACAAGAACAUCUUCAUGGAGUAUGCACACCGUGUGCCCUUCCACCAAUUCAACAGCAUCUCCAUCAAGGGCGGCGUGCAUCCGUCCUGCCUCAGCAUCCAGACAUAGAAAUCCCUACCAUGUGGAAGAUGCUCACUGUAUGGUGCUCACAAGGUCGUAGAACCCAGAAGCUUGA